UUGCCGAUACGCGUGGCGGCGUGGGUAACUGCUUUUGCAAAACUAAGCUCUUUCAACUUCUUCAUCAUCAUAUCACCACUCCCUUUCCUUCGUUAAUUAUGAGUGCAAUACCCUUGACCUCUGUUGGAAUUUCACUCUUUCUCUGUACCCUACUCUUCUUCUUCUCCUUGCAGUUGCAGGCUAACUCCCAAACCAUAAAUGAUGAACAGUCCAUCCUACUCAAACUAAAGCAAGACUGGCAAAGUCAACCUCCUAUGGACUCAUGGAACUCAUCCCUUCCUUUUUGCAAGUGGACAGGAAUCACCUGCAACAAUGGUGGUUCCAUCACUGCCAUUUCAUUUUACAACUGGAACAUCACACGAAAAAUCCCUCCGGUCAUCUGCAAUCUCAACAACCUCAACCACCUCGACCUCGCAUACAACUACGUUACUGGAGGGUUCCCCACUUUUCUCUACAACUGUUCCAAACUCGCAUAUCUUGACCUUUCUCAGAAUUACUUCGUCGGCCGGAUACCUGGCGAUAUCCACCACCUUUCUCGCCUUAACCACCUAAAUCUUGGUGCAAACAACUUCACCGGUGAUAUCCCGGAUGCAAUCGGGCUUUUAUCGGAUUUGAAGACCCUCCGUCUUUUUAUGAAUUUGUUUAAUGGGACCUUCACUCCGACUAUCGUUAAUUUAUCGAACCUUGAAUCCCUAGAAAUGGCUCAUAAUAAUUUCAUCCCUUCCAAGUUUCCGGACGAAUUCGGUCAGUUGAAGAAACUGACAUAUUUGUGGAUGACGAAGACAAAUUUGAUUGGAGAACUUCCCGAAUCAAUUGGUAACAUCAUGGAACUUCGUCACUUGGACCUCGGAUUCAACAAUUUGUGUGGAUCGAUCCCUAACAGUAUAUUUCUUUUGAACAAGCUAGAAAAUCUGUUUCUUUACGAUAACAAAUUUUCGGGUGAGAUUCCUAGAAGGAUUGAAAGUUUGAGUUUGAAAGCCAUUGAUCUUUCGAGUAACAACUUGACGGGUACGAUACCGGAAGAUUUUGGAAAAUUGAAUAACUUAACGGUUUUACUUAUGACUGAUAACCAACUAUCGGGAGACAUACCAGCAAGUAUCGGUCGCCUUCCGGCUCUAAAAAAUAUCCGGCUAUUCAACAACAGCUUCACCGGCGUCCUACCUCCCGAAUUAGGCCUUAAUAUGAAGCUCGAAAAUAUCGAAAUAUCGAACAAUCGGUUAACCGGCAAGUUGCCAGAUCACUUAUGCGCCGGCGGUGUGUUAACGGGAGUGGUGGUUUUCUCGAACAAUCUCGGUGGAGAUGUGCGAGCAACCCUUGGAAAUUGCAGUAGUCUGACCAGCGUUCAGCUUUCCAAUAAUGGAUUUUCUGGCAAGUUUCCCACCAAUCUCUGGUCAGCGGUCAACCUAACGUAUUUGAUGAUAAGCGACAAUUCAUUUUCUGGCAAGCUUCCCAGCAAAUUGUCCAGGAGUUUAACACAAUUGAAGAUCGAUAACAACAGGUUUUCCGGUGAAAUUCCUUCAGAUAUCGCGUUUUCAGUCAACCUGGUGGUCCUCAAGGCAAGUAAUAACCAAUUUUCCGGCAAAAUUCCCUCAAAGCUAACGACCCUCCCCUAUCUUACUACUCUAUCGCUAGCCCAGAAUCGUCUUUCGGGUGAGAUCCCUUCAAAUAUAGUUUCAUGGAAGUCACUAACCUCUCUGAACCUCAGUAGAAAUCAACUAUCAGGUCAGAUUCCUGGUGCCAUUGGAUUACUUCCGGACCUAAUUGACCUGGACCUGUCAGAGAACCAACUUUCAGGCAAUAUUCCUUCUGAAAUCGGCCGACUUAGACUAACCUUUUUAAACCUAUCCUCAAACCAAUUCAUGGGGAAGAUCCCUGAUGAGUUUGAAAACAUGGCCUAUAAAAACAGCUUCUUGAUUAACCCAGGACUGUGUGCAGAUAAUGCUUUAUUAAACCUUCGUGUCUGCAUUUCUGAACCCCAAGAAUCGCUCAAAUUGUCCCCCCGACUUCUGGCUAUAAUCCUAACCUCUUCUGGGCUUCUGUUUCUGGUUACCUUGUUAUCAGCUUUCUUGUUUGUCAGAAACUUUCGAAGGAGAAGACAUGAACAAGACCGUGCAAAGUGGAAGCUCACUGCUUUCCAGAGCUUGCCUUUCGCAGAGUCGAGAAUCUUGUCUAAUUUGACCCAUAGAAACCUGAUCGGAGAUGGUGGGUCGGGGAAAGUUUAUCGAGUCCCUUAUAAUCAAUUGGGUGGGGUCGUUGCCGUUAAAAAGAUUUGGAAUAACGAGAAAUUAGACGAGAAGUUGGAGAAGGAAUUCCUGGCAGAGGUUCAGAUAUUGGGGACAAUUCGGCACUCAAACAUUGUGAAGCUGAUGUGCUAUUUUUGCAGUGAGAAAUCAAGGCUCUUGGUUUAUGAGUUCAUGGAGAACCAGAGCUUGGAUCGGUGGCUUCACCGGAAGAAGAGAGGAUUAUUGCUACCAUCUGACUCAGGCCAAGAUGCCGUAUUGGAUUGGCCUAGAAGGCUGCAUAUUACAAUUGGAGCAGCCCAGGGACUGUGCUACAUGCACCAAGACUGUUGUCCUGCCAUCAUUCACCGUGACGUGAAGUCGAGUAACAUCCUGUUGGAUUCAGACUUCAAUGCAAGGAUUGCAGAUUUUGGGCUGGCCAGGAUGUUGAUCAAACGAGGGGUUCCUGAAAGCAUCUCAGCUGUAGCAGGCUCUUACGGCUACUUGGCUCCAGAAUAUGGCUACACAACCAAAGUGAAUGAGAAGGUUGACAUCUAUAGCUUUGGGGUAGUGCUGCUAGAGCUGGUAACUGGAAGGGAAGCCAACGAUGGGGGUGAUAAUACAAGCCUGGCAGAGUGGGCAUGGCAACACUUGAAAGAUGGAAAACCCAUAGUAGAUGCUUUGGACGAGCAAAUCAAGGAGCCUUGUUACUUGGCUGAGAUGAGUGUUGUGUUCCAGUUGGGUAUCCAUUGUACAAGCUCCUUGCCCUCCACUAGGCCUUCUAUGAAACAAGUGCUUCAAGUUCUAACUCGAUAUAUCCCCUUGCAACAAAAAGUGGUAAGGUAUGACUUUGAUAUAGCUCCCGUGCUCACUAGUUCUACAUACCUUUCCAGCAACCAGAGGAGUAAGAAAAGAUCAAUGGAUGUUGAUGAUAUUGUAUCAUGUGAUGUUUAAUAUAUUGGUGUAAUUAAGUAUUGUUUGACAAGUCUUUUUUAGGAGGAUUUUCCAAAUAA